ACGAAAGCUGCCGCAGACAUUAUUUUCUACUACUUAGUUAUUAUAGUACUACAUUAUUUCCUAUUUGCAAUAUCUAUGUUGUCAUUGUUUUCCUAGCCUAUGUCUUCGGUUCAAAGAUUUGAGAAAAUUAACAUAUCUUGAUAAAAGGUGCUUUCGAAGGGUGUUAUGGGCGGCAGAGCUGGUAAAAUAAGAUUAAGCGUAGAGGCUGGAGGAGGUGGUGAUGAGGAGCCUAAUGACACUCCAAGCAAAAAGACUAUCGACACAGAAGCAGCUUAUCAAGCCGUGAACCAGUAUUUCAAACAGUUGCAAGCCGAGCAACUAAGGGCUCUCAGGAAACAUCACGAUGAAGAGAUUGAAGCACACGAGCGAGAAAUCAACCGCCAUACGGAAUCCAUCAAUCGACUCAAGAAACGCAAGAAUGAAAUAUCAAUGGCUGCUUCCUCCAGUAGUGACGUCGAAUCAUUCUUCAGAUAGAUUCAUAAGAAGAUUGUACAUAAUAAUAUUGUGAUAUAAGUAGGAUGUGAAACUUUGCAUGUUGGAUACGAUUAUUAUUAUAGUAAAGUUGUGGUAACAUCAUGUAUGAGUUGGAGUGGUCCUGAAAACAGAUGGAUCGAAACCAAUGACAGGGAAAAUGAAGGAUAGAAGAAGAUGGGGAGAUGGCAUCAGGGUUUAUGCAGGAACAACAUUGACCAGAACUGCAAGAAAGAGUAAUGAAUUUGCGUUUACAUGAGGAGGGCUAUCCGGGGUACAUCGUACACUGAAUGAACAUAGCCUAAAUGAUGAUGAUGGUUCUGAAAAGGUUCUGUUAUAGAUGUCAACUCAACGUUUCGAUCAAUAUGCACUGAUCGUCUUCUGGAGAUGAAUUUGUUUUACUUUGAUGGAUUUUUUACUGUACCCCUAUACGCUAGAACCAGUGAAGCGACUCUGUUUGGUUGAACCGCUAUUGAUUUCGGUGAAUAAUGUUCUACUGUUCACCUGUGGGAAAUGAAGACAACCCACAACACCGCACCCAAAACCACGCCCAUUGCAAAACCAUGUGAAGUUUAUAGUUUCUGGAGGAAACUGCAUGGACAGCAAUAUUGAACCCUCCACACUCAACUGUAUCGAGAUCAUCAUUAUUUUUCUGAGAAAAGUAGAUCUUUUCGAAUUGUUGACCUUUACUCCACAAUCUGACAAUGGUUGGUGGCAAAGAAAGAGAGACAUUGCCAACUGUACAAAACAUCAACAGAGGCCAAGUCACGACUUGAGACGUAUCAUCAGCGAGAGGGUGUCCGGUAAUGUUGAAAAAACAUCUUCUGUCGAACUCCUUAACUCAUGCGUCCUAGGACCAAGGUCCCCACAUGAUGCACCCAGUGCUGGGAUCAAUCCACGCAAUCAAAAAAUUAGGACCGCGAGGGGGACACUAACUGAUUCUGAAAAACCAUUGUAACCAACAAUUAAAAACAUCAGAAAAUACCGGAACAUGAUAAAGGACACCCCAUCUCACAAGAGGAAUAUUGAGACAUUCUGAAUGUAGUUCAUCAAAUUAGGUCUGCCCAGUCAUUUUCCUUUGGUUUUUAGAAUUAUUGUUUCGUCCCAUUAGGCCUACUCCAUUAAUGUAUUUUAUGUACAGGCGUAGGCCUACAAUUGUGUGUUUGGCUGUAUAUAAUUAUUCUUAUUCUUAUUCUUAUUCUUUAUUUGGCCAAUAAACAAUUACAAAUACAAGCAGACAGUAU